AGGCCGAGCGGGCGGCCCCGGCCCCUCUCAGCCUGACGGAGCUGCCGGGGGAGCUGCUGGAGCUCAUCCUGUGCUGCGGCUCGCUGAGCGCCGCCGACGUGGGCCGCCUCGCCCGCACCUGCCGCCGCCUGAGGGAGGCCUGUCAGCCCCGCGGGAAGGUCUGGCGGGAGCAGUUCCGACUCAGGUGGCCGUCGCUAAUGAAAUACUAUAGCCAGACAGAUAGCGUGAAUUGGCUAGAUGAAUGCAAAGAACGGCAUAAAGCUGGCUUGGAAGCUCAAAGAAUCGUAGCAUCGUUCUCCAAAAGAUUCUUUUCAGAGCAUGUGCCAUGUGAUGGCUUCAGUGAUAUUGAAACUCUCGCGUGUCCAAGCCAGUUCUUUGAGGAUGAACUCAUGUCCAUCCUUAAUAUGGAAGGAAGGAAAGGCCUGACGUGGAAGUACUAUGCAAAGAAAAUCCUUUACUUCCUGCGGCAACAAAACAUUUUAAAGAAACUGAAGGCGUAUCUUCAGCGCCCAGCUGAGGAACAGUCCUUUUUGGAAGGGGCUGUACUGAUUGACCAGUAUUGUAACCCGUUGUCAGACAUCUGCCUAGAGGGUGUCCAGGCCCAGAUCGAUGAUAUCGUUGCCAAAGUUCGUAAAUUCCUAAAAUCCAAAAACUCCAGGCAUCCGAGCGUGGCCCCCAAAGCAGGAGAGGCCUCCAUCGUCUCUCAGGUGGAUCUGCAGAGGCAGGUCCUCGACGCCUUGAACUACGUCCUCUAUGAGCAACUAAAAUACAAAGGCAACGAGGCGGAUUACUACAACUCCCUGAAUUCAUACAUCCGCCAGGUUUUGAUCCACAGGACAGGAAUCCCAAUCAGCUUGUCUGUGCUUUAUUUGACCAUUGCCAGGCAGCUGGGUGUUCGGCUUGAGCCGGUUAACUUUCCCAGUCACUUUCUGCUCCGAUGGUGCCAAAGGACGGAGGGAAGUACAAACAUCUUUGACUACGUCUACAUCGACGCUUUCGGGAAGGGGAAGCAGCUCACGGUGAAAGAAUGCGAAUACCUGAUAGGGCACCACGUGACGGAGGAAUUUUAUGGCGUGGCGACGGCAAAGGAAGUUCUGCAGCGCAUGGUGGGGAACUUGCUAAACAUCGGGAAGCGCGAAAGCACGGAUCAGUCCUACCAGCUCCUGAGAGACUCCUUGGAUCUGUAUCUGGCCAUGUAUCCAGACAACGUGCAGCAUCUAAUGCUCCAAGCUAGACUCUAUUUCCACCUGGGAAUCUGGCCAGAGAAGGUUCUGGACAUCUUGCAGCACAUUCAAGCACUGGACCCCUCCCAGCACGGCGCAGUGGGCUAUUUAGUUCAGCAUACGCUAGAACACAUUGAGCGCCGGAAGGAGGAAGCCGGGCCUGACGUGAAGCUCCACUCCGAGGAGAAGCACAAAGACGUCUGCUUUUCCGUUGGACUGAUUAUGGAACACAAGAGAUACGGCUAUAACUGUGUGAUCUACGGCUGGGACCCAGCGUGCAUGAUGGGGCACGAGUGGAUCCGCAACAUGAACGUCCACAGCUUGCCGCAUGGUCCCCACCAGCCCUUCUACAAUGUGCUGGUGGAGGACGGGUCAUGCCGAUAUGCUGCCCAAGAGAACCUGGCGUAUAACAUGGAGCCUCAUGAAAUCUCUCACCCAGACAUUGGCCGCUACUUUGCCGAGUUUGCUAGCACUCACUACGUAGCAAACGCAGAGUUGGAGAUUCGAUACCCUGAGGAUCUAGAGCUUACACGCACGACCGUCCAAAAGACGUACGAGAACAAAGAAUGAGCCUUUUUUUAAAAAAAAAAAAAAAUCCUCUUUGCAAGGGCAAAAGAUGACAUCACCCAGCAGCUGUGAGAAUUGCAUCGUCAGGAAGCUAGUGUUCUCUGGCCUGUCUAGAACCGAGUUUUGCUGGAUGGCUAGCGGUGAAGCGUUUCGUGUUAUGUAACCACCCAAUUAUGCUGUGCCAACGCUAGUGAAAUAACGUGGGCCACACGAGUUGUCGAGGCGAAACGUCGGUUGUUUCAAAUGACUUCAUUGUACGAAGGACCUGGUCCGUUCUACAACUUCUGGACUUCAGACACUCUUUUCCUUGACUCGGUUAUGAUUUUGAUGGCCUGGAGAUGGAAAAUAUUGACAUUUUGUAGAUAGGGCUUUGCAAUAUUUCAAAGGUCUGAGUUUUGUACUUAGUAAUUUAAGAUCCCCUGGAUAUAACACAACAUUACUUUCUUCUUCCUGGUCCGAUUCCCCCCCCCCUUCCAUGCUCUUUGCUAUAGCCAGUACUCUCUGGGCGGUAUCUUGGGAAUGAUACAGAAACUUCCUUGCCCAGAGAUCUUGAGGAUGUGUUGAGAGGAGCUCUUCCCAUUUCAAAGAGACAGCUUAAUUGUCGCAUGAAAUAGGAGGUUUGUAUCAGUCUUCCCUUUCCUUUCAGGCUUCAUAAAUCCCAUUCCACCAUACACGCACACGCACACCGCCAGCAGCAAGGGUGACCUUCUGAGGAUGCCACAUUUGCUGUGAUCAGGUUGGAUGUGCGUAUCCGUCUUUUAUUCCGCACCUCAAAGAGGCUGCUCAGGUAGAGGCAAGGGUCCCCUGUCGCUGAGUCCACCUGUGCUAUGACGUUCAGUAGCACAUUUCUUAAAACACAAACCGCGUGUUUGCUCUAGUUCCAGCAGGCUUCCAGUUGGAGAAAAACCCAGGAAGUGUAACGUCCGAAGCUCCUUGUUUAUCAGGGAGUGUUCAUGAAAUCUGGGUUAGUUGAUUUGCAGUCCAACUGCUUAAAUAGCAGCUUGGGCAUGCAAGGUGACAUGGCUGAUCAUGCCCUUCUAGACACCGUAAACACAUGUUAUUGUAAGGGCAGAAUGUGUAAUUUUUAAAUUGGCAUCUCUAAGCAGAGUGCAAUUGAUACUUACUGGAUUACCUGCUCAGCGGCACCGCCGGCGAGUUGUAAUUAUCAUGUUGUGAAGGAUAAAACGAUACACUUUUAUGAUCUUAGCUUUGAA